AUGAUAGAGAUCUUCAGUGACACCGGAUUCAGACAGCUAACUCAAAUGAUCUUGGCGAUAAUCUUCUUCCACACAUCGGAAUACAUUCUCGCCAUAGCCAUUCACGGAGCAUCCAAAGUAACUUUGAGCUCACUUCUGAUCACCAAACACUAUGCUUUAGCAAUGCUAAUCUCGGUUCUCGAGUACCUAGUCGAGAUUGUUCUGUUCCCGGGGCUGAAACAACACUGGUGGAUCAGCAACUUCGGUCUACUAAUGAUUCUUCUCGGAGAGAUCAUCCGCAAAACCGCGAUAAUCACAGCGGGUAGAUCGUUCACGCACCUGAUCAAGAUCCGCAGGGAGGAGCAUCACAGGCUUGUGACCGAAGGAGUGUAUCAAGUCAUGAGGCAUCCGAGUUACUCGGGGUUUCUUGUUUGGUCUGUUGGAACGCAGGUGAUGCUGUGUAAUCCCGUUUCGGCGAUUGCGUUUGCGGUUGUGGUGUGGCGGUUCUUUGCAGAGAGGAUACCUUAUGAGGAACAUUACUUGAAGCAGUUUUUUGGGAGACAGUAUGUUGAGUAUGCGCAGAGAGUUCCUUCUGGUGUUCCUUUUGUAAACUGA